UACCCUUUCAGCCUGUGAAUCUGCGCCAUUUCGUGUCCAGCGGUAGCUUGAAGGUGAUCGUUGGAGCAGCGGGAGAGGACGGGAGGGAAUCCACGUUCCCCAGAAAUAAAAAAAACCCCGCCUCACAUCUCAUUUUUAGUCUUUUACUCCUGCGGACAACCGGCAGCCCCCCAGUCCCCCUACAGGCACAAUGAAUUGGUCCUCCUCCUCCUCCGCCUCCAGCCUGAUGUUCAGCAGCAACGUGACCAACAAGAACGACCCGCGCUCGCUCAACUCCAGAGUCUUCGUGGGGAACCUCAACACCCUGCUGGUCACCAAGGCCGACGUGGAGGCCAUCUUCUCCAAGUACGGCAAGAUCGUGGGCUGCUCCGUCCACAAGGGCUACGCCUUCGUCCAGUACCUGAACGAGAGGAACGCCCGGGCGGCCGUGGGCGGCGAGGACGGCCGCGUCUUAGCAGGGCAGGCGCUCGACAUCAACCUGGCAGGAGAGCCGAAGCCUCACAGGCCGAAGACCAUGAAGCGAUCUGCAGGUGACAUGUUCAGGUGCGCCACUCAAACCAGGACUUCUGGACUUCCUGCUGGAAAACAGAAUCCAUCAUGUUUUUGUUCUUCUUCAUUUGCUUGCAGCUCGUCUCUGGAGUUGGACUACGACUUCCAAAGAGAUUAUUACGACAGAAUGUACUCCUACCAGCCGCGAGUCCCCGCCCCACCUCCUCCGCCACCACUGUCCCGCGCCAUCAUCUCCUCCAAGCGUCCCCGGGUCAGUCUGAGCAGCGGAGGGAGUCGGCGAAGCAAGACGGCGUUCACCUCCUCCUGCAGGAGCAGCCAGAGGGCUUCACACACAGUGAGGAGCACCGACCUCCAGACGGUGAAGAGGGAGCUGACGCAGAUCAAACACAAGCUGGACUUCCUGCUGGAGAGCCUGGAGCGCAUGGAGAAGGAGCACAAUCGGAAGUUUGAGGCCAGGAGCUCUAAACCGGAGCCCGGGGAGGUGUCCCCCGUUCACUCCUCCACCUCCAGCAAGAAGGAGGGCAGCCUGAAGAGGGACAGGGAGAGCCAGGAGCUGAACGACUCUGAGGAGGACGGAGAUCUGCUGGACGAUGAAGACGAGAUGAAGAACAGACGCAGAGAGGAGGACGAGGAAGAGGAGCAGGAGGAAGGAGAGGAUGACGGCAACAGCUCCAACGGAGACGAGUCCUGAAUGCGGCACGCCUGACAAACCAGCGUGUGACAGAUUCAUACUUUCAUUUGUGCAGGAUGACUGGACAUUUGUUUUUCAGGGUUGCUCCCGUUACAUUCACAGAAAAUAGCAUAACUGUAAACUUUUUUUUAAAAUUGUUUCUUAAUUGUGGAAGAAAAAACAUACUUGAUCUUUCCUGCUGUUUAGCUGCCAGCAGAUGGCAGCGUUUGACUGCAGAGACUUUGAGGAGGCUCGUGCAUCGCCUCCUUUCCUCAGCGUCCUCCCUCUGAAGGUGUUUUUGUUCACUUCCCUGCAGUUCCAGUCUGCAUGUUUUCCCCCGUCUGUCAUUCAGCUUCACACAGGAACGCUGUUUAAACAUUAAAACUUUUGCCCACGUUCUCCUGGCUCCUCCCUCUGUCCUGGAGGAUGGCCGAACAAUCCACUUUCAUCCCAAAAGUCCCCUUCAAAUGUCCACGCAGGUAAUCCCUCAUGUGUUCUAAUGUGUGUUAGUUGUGGAGAAAAGAACUGAAAUAAACUCUUAGAAAAAUA